AUGGUUGUAAAUAAAAACUCUGUGUUAAAUAAUCUUACAUUUUAUUUGGAUUGUGGAAAUAGUGGCUUAAAAUCAAAAAAGGUUUUACAAUCAUAUGUAGAAUCACAUGGUGGUAAUGUCUCAAUGAUUUUAAAUCAAAAAAUUAACUAUUAUAUUUUUAGUGGUGAUUUUAAUGAUUUAAUAAAAGUUGAUGAAAAGAAUAAUAAUAAUAAUAGUUAUCAAGAUGAAGAAGAAAAAAAGAAUAUAAAUUUAGAAACUUUAUCAUCCAAUAUUAAAAAGGCAAUUAAAUUGAAUAUUCCAAUUGUGUCAAAAAGAUAUUUAGAAGAUUCAAUUUCAAAUGGUAAUUUAUUAUCACCAAAUGAAUAUUCAUUAGUUUCAUUAUAUAAUAUUAAAGAAUAUCAUUAUAAAUCAUUGGAUUUUUCAAAUUUAUUAGAAGAUCCAUCAUCAUCAUCAUCAUCAUCAACUAAUGGUGAGCAGCAACAACAGCAAUAUGAAAGAAUUAAAUAUAAUAAUAAAGUUGAAAACGAUAAAUUUCCAACAGAAUCUAAAUAUCAUGUUGUUAAACAUAAUGUUUUAAUAUCACCAAAAGCUGAAAGUUUUAUUUGUUUGGAAUUACAUGUUGCAGGUAAAAUUUUAGAAUUAAUUAAAACUGGUAAUAGUGAUAAUAGUGGUGGUAGUGGUGACCAAACACAAUCAUAUUAUAGAGUAUUUUUAAAUUAUGGUAGUUUAGAUGCAAAUAAAAUAAAUGAUUCAGUUAAAGAAUGGAUACCAUUUACAAAUUUGGAGAAUUCAUUGGACCAAUAUAAUGAGAUAUUUAAAGAUCAUUUAAUAAAUAAAAAAUAUUCAAAAUUUCAAUUAGGUUCAACAUUAAUUGGUUCUAAUAAAUUACAAGAAUUAUGUUAUAAUAAAUUAUUUGAUGAUACAACAAUAACCACCACCAAUAAUAUUGAUGAUAGUAAUAACAUUAAUAAUGAAAUUCCAAAACCAAUUCAUGAAUUAAUUAAAAUAUUAUAUGAUGAAGCUAUAUCAACAUUGGGUAAUAAGUUUGGUAAUGGUAGUAAACUUCACCUUUCACCUGAAGGUUCAAUUAAAACAUCAAUGGGUGACAUUACAUUAAUGCAAGUUGAUAAAGCUGAAUUAUCAUUAUUUCAAUUAUCAACAGUGUUAAGAGGUAAUGGUGGUAAAAUUGAUAGUAAAGAAUCAACCGAUUUAAUCGAUGAAAUCUUUAGAUCAUUACCACAAUUGAAACCACCAGGUGGUAAAUUUAAUAAUUCAUAUGAACUAUUAAAUGAUAUUCAAGAAUCUGUACAAUUAAUGAAAGAUAUUUUAUCAGUUGGUGAAUCAUUAAGUGGUGUUUCAAAAACAUUAACUUCUGCAAGUAGUGGUGAAAUGGCAAAAUAUCGUGCAUUACGUUGUCAAAUUAAUCAAUUAGAUAAAUCUUCAAAAGAUUUUAAACGUAUAACUGAUCAAAUUAAAGGUGGUACAAAAAUUGAAGGUUUAACACAACCACAACAAUCAAUUAAAAAAAGUAAUGGUAAUGAUAAUAAUAAUAAUAAUGAAAAUUGUAUAGAUAAUAAUAAUAAUAAUAAUAAUUUAAUAAAAAUUAAAAAUAUUUUUAAAAUUAUAAGAAAAGAAGAAGAUAAUUAUAAUUUUGAAGUUGGUAAUUUGAAAACACUUUAUCAUGGUAGUAAUCCAUCGAAUAUAUUGGGUAUACUAAGUAGAGGUUUAUUAACACCAAAUGUAUCAACAUCAAUUGGUGCUGGUAGAAGAGAUAUUGGUUAUUUGGGUAGUGGUAUUUAUUUUGGUGUUAAACCAUCCACUUCAAUUCAAUAUUGUAAAGCAUCAACAAAAACACUUUCAAAGUAUAUGUUUAUUUGUUCAGUUGCAUUAGGUCAAAUUAAAAAAUAUACAACUCAUCAAACUCAAUUAUCAAAACCACCAAAAGGUUUUGAUAGUGUUCAAGGUGUUGGUUCAUCAUCAUCAUCAUCAUCAUCAUCAUCAUCGUCAAAUAAUACAGUUAAACAAUCUGAUUUUAUUGAUGAUGAAAUUGUAAUUUAUGAUUCAAAACAACAAAAAAUUCAAUACCUAAUUGAAUUUGAUGAUUUAAAUUCAUUAACAAUACCACCAAUAUUAAAAUCAUCAUUAUCAUCAAAUAAUGAUAAAUUACUUGAAAUUUCAAAAGAAUCAGUUAAACCAACUAUUGAAUCUGAGAAAGUUCCAAAUUCACUACCUCAAAAAUCAUUAAUUGAUGAUAGUAAUGAUGAUGAUGAUAAUCAAGAAAUUGGUUUAAUUUCAAAGAAUGGUGGUGGUGAUAAUGCUAUACCAUUAAAAUCUGUUCAUGUUAAAGGUAAAAUUUUAGAUUUAAUUGGUGAAGUUACAAUUUAUCAACAUUAUCAAAAUAAUUCAAAGAAUAUGAUUGAAGCAAAGUAUGUUUUUCCAUUGGAUGAAAUGGGAGCAGUUUGUGGUUUCGAAGCUUAUGUAAAUGGUAAACAUAUAAUUGGUGAAUGUAAAGAGAAGGAGAAAGCACAAAGAGAGUAUCGUGAAGCAGUUGCAGCUGGUCAUGGUGCAUAUUUAAUGGAUGAGGAUAAACCUGAUGUUUUCACAGUUUCAGUUGGUAAUUUACCACCAAAUUGUGAUGUUUUAAUUAAGAUAGUUUAUGUUACUGAGCUAUCAAUCGAUGGUUUAGAUAUUAGUUUUGUAUUACCACGUUCAAUCACACCAAAGCAAAGAUUGCAAUCCUCAAGUAGUAAUACUCAAUCGGUAACAUCAACUGUUCAAGUGACAGAAUUGGCACAAAAACAAUCUGAUUUAUCCAUUUCGGUCGGUAUUGAAAUGCCUUAUAAUAUUGUAAAAUUAAUUUCACCAACUCAUGACGUUCGUAUAAAACGUACUCAUACAAAAGCAACCAUUGAAUUAAAUAAUCAAGAUAAUCAAUAUUUAGAUAAGAAUUUCCAAUUAUUGAUUGGUUUGGAGGAGCCUUAUUCACCAAGAAUGUGGGUUGAGGUUGAUGAGAAAGGUCAUCAUGCAAGUAUGUUGGCAUUUUAUCCAAAAUUGGAUAUUGAUAAUACUAUGAAGGAUAGCCAUACUAUGGUUACUUUAUUAAUUGAUUUAUCAUCUUCGAUGGCUGGUGAUGCAUUUGAGGAUUUAUUACGUGCAGUUCGUAUCACUAUUUCAAAUUUACGUGGUAUGCAAAAGGUGUUAUUCGAUGUGGUUUGUUUUGGUGAUACCUUUGACUGGCUUUUCGGUAUUGGUGUACCACCGACUGAAUCAAAUUUACAAAUUGCUUGGAGCCAUAUCAAUCAUUUAAAAACAUCCUAUGGUGGUACAUUAUUACAUCAACCAUUACAAUCACUUUAUUUGUUGGCAGAGAAAGCUAAACCAACCAAUCCACAUAAUAUUUUACUAUUCACAGAUGGUAAUGUAGCCAAUGAAGAAUUGGUUCAAAUGUUGGUUAAAAAAGCAUCACCCUAUUGUAGAAUGUUUGCAUUUGGUAUUGGUGAGCAUUGUAGUAGACAUUUCGUAAAGAGUAUUUGCCGUUUAGGUGGUGGUUAUCCAGAGUUUAUUCAAACAAAUAAACGUCCAAAUCCAAAGAAAAUCAUUGAUCAACUUCAACGGUUAACUCAACCCGCAAUGUCGAAUAUUUCAGUGAAAUUCGAUUCAAGUGAUACCAAUUCCAUAGUUCAAUCACCUGCUACUAUAACUUCAAUAUUUAAGAAAGAACGUCAAGUUAUGUAUGCUUUCUCUGGUAUUUGUACUCGUGCAACAUUGAUUUGCCAAGCACCUGGUGGUGGUUUAAUCACCAACGUUGUUCAUACACCAGAGAUUGGUUUCAUAAAGGGUAAUUUAAUUCAUCGUUUAGCUGCUCGUUCAAUGAUUAGAGAAUAUCAAGAUGGUACCUAUAGUCAAAAUAAACAUGAACAUGAUUUAAUUAAAUUAAAGAAAAAGAAUGAUGUCAUCGACCUAUCCAUUAAAUACUCGAUUGUAACACCAUUCACAAGUUUUGUUGCAGUUGAAAAGAGGGAAAAACAUGAAACAUUCUCAAAAUUACCACCAAUUCAAUCGAUUAUCUCUCAAACUAUUGUUGAUUCUCUACCAUACAUUGCAUGGGAAGAUAAAUCUCAAGGUAUUGAUCAAGAUCCAAAUGAUCCAAUUCUAUUGAAUAAACGUGAUCAAUUAUCCAAAUUAAUUGAACAAUAUCAUUCAAAUAGCAAGUUCUCUGAUACAAUUAAUGUAUUUCAUCAAAUUUCAGAUACAUUUGGUGAAUUUUCAAUGAAAGAAUUAAAUUUACUUUCAGAUACAAUUAAUAAUUUAAUUUCAAAAAGAGUUGAUAAAUUAUCAAUUAAUGAUGAUUCAACAACAACAACUACUACUACACCAACAACACCAAGUAAAUUAUUAAGAGAGAAAAAGAAAUUAAAAGAGGAUAUAAUUUAUCAAGGUAAAGGUUUAUUAAGAUUAUUAGAAUCAUCAACAAAUCAUUCAAAUAAUGAAGAGGCAAUUAUUAGUUUAAUGAAUAAUCAAUGUACAGUUUAUAAAAGUUUAUUAAAUUGUGAUGAUAAUAAAUAUUCAAAGAAACAAUGGUGUGAAAAGUUUGAAUCAACUUUAAAGUCUGCUUUACAACGUUCAGAAAAUUCAUUAUCACCAACCAAUCCGAUUUUAUUACAAUUAUCAUUAUUAUCUGCAAACUAUUAUAAAGAGAAUGGUGAUUUUGAAAAAUCAAUUCAAAUUUCAAAGAAUACAUUUGACAAAGCAAUCUCUGAAUUGGAUACCUUAUCUGAAGAUUCUUAUAAAGAUACAACACUUUUACUUCAAUUAAUUCGUGAUUCUACAACUGAAUGUUUACAAUUUAUUGAAGAUGAACAAGAAAUUAAUGAAUUUAACCUUGAUCAACGUCAUCAACAUCAACCUGAAAAUAAUGUUGAUAAUGAACCAAAAGAUGAACCACAAAUUGAAUCAACUAUUUCUUCUAAACAAUGGUCAAUAACUCCUAAAAAACUUGGUAUUAAAAAAGCAACAACAACUUAUAAACCAAUUGUUGUUAAUCAAAUUGUAUCAAAUAAUAAUAAUACUGAUAUAGAUUAUGAAGGAGGAGUUAGUGAAAAUCAAAGUGAAAGUGGAAGUGAUAGUGAAUCUGAUAGUUUUAGUAAUGAAGUAAGUUUAAGAGGAAUAUCAUUUGAUAAAUAUAGAUGUGUAACUAGAUCUAGAUCUCCAUCUCCUGAAGGAAAUAUUCGUUCAAACAAUAGUAGUAGAGGUGAAGUAAGUUUAAGAGGAAUAUCAAUUGAUAAAUAUAGAUGUGUAACUAGAUCUAGAUCUCCAUCUCCUGAAGGAAAUAUUCGUUCAAACAAUAGUAGUAGAGGUAGAGGAGGAUCAUCAAGAGGUGGAAGUAUAGGAUCAUCAAGAGGUGGAAGGGGAGGAAAUAUUGGUACCGCUUUUGGACGUGGUGCUCCACCACCACCACAACCACCACCACCACCAUCAACAUCACUUGGACGUGGUGCACCACCACCAUCAUUAUUUUUCCAAGCUUCUCAACCUUAUUCCCCAACAUCACCAUUCUAUAUCCCAACAUCACCAUCCUAUUCCCCAACAUCACCAUCCUAUUCCCCAACAUCACCAUCCUAUUCCCCAACAUCACCAUCUUAUUCCCCAACAUCACCAUCUUAUUCAACUUCUCCACUAUAUGCUUCCACUUCGCAAUCAUAUUCUCCAGUAUCACCAUCAUAUACUCCAACAUCACUACUAUAUGCACCAACAAUACCAUCCUAUUCUCCAGUAUCACCAUCUUAUGCACCAACAAAACCAUCCAAAUUACCAGUUUUAACAUCAUAUUCCCCAUCAUCACCAUCAUUUUCAAAAUCUAAAGCCAAAGAAGAAAGUACCCUCUCUGAAAUAAAUUUACCAAGUAAACCAAUGGUUGCUGGAUAUUCCAGAAUGAGUACAGUUUCUUUCUCAUCAACUCCAACACCAACACCAACACCAACACCACCACCAUUGCCAAAUGCUCCAAGACCAAGUGUAUCCACUAAUGUCUUUAGUCCAGCACCACCAGCUCCACAAGUAUUUGGAGGAAUGAUGAGAAGAUCUUCGGCUCAUAUUGGUUAUAGUCCUGAAAAAGAAAAUCUACAAGAAGAAAGAAAUAUUUCAAAGAAAUCAGAUGGAAUGCCAAGGUUUAAACGAACUACUUUACCACCACAACCAUCAUCAUCUGGUCCACCACCACCACCACCACCAUCAUCAUCAACUUCAAAAAAUAAUUCGAUAGAGGCAAACUCUUUGAAAAGUGAUGAAGGUUCUCUUUUGAAUUCAAUAAAACGAGGAUAUUCAUUAAAAGCAGUUCCAGAGAAAUUAAAAGAAGAAGCCAAAACUAUUGAUAAUCUUUCUGCACAAUUAAUAAAUUCUCUAAGUCGUAGAAGAGUAGCUAUUGAUUGUAUUGAAAAUGACGAAGACGACGACGACGAUGAUGCUUGGUCAGACGAACCAGUAAAGAAAGGAGGAAGUGGUGGCGGCGGUAGUGGAAGUUCAUACUCUUUUGGAGGUGUACCCAAUGCUAUUACUUCUCUUGUUACAGCUUCUUCUACUCCUGCUUCCUAUUUAGCAGCCAAAUCUCAACCAAAAGACGAAGAAGAAGAGUGGGGUGAUGAAGAUAUGGGUUUUGAUCUUUUUGGUGACUAUCCAACAUCAUCAACAACAACAACAAAAGCAGCAGCAACAACAACAGUUUCAAAGCCAACAUCGUUACCUAAAAAAAAGGAAUCAUAUGAUGAAGAUGAAGACAUGGGAUUUGGUCUUUUUGGUGAUGAAGAAGAUUAUCAAUUACAAAGGGUAUUGUCUCAAUCCUUAUAUGAAUCAAAACAAAUACAACCACAACAACCAAAAUCAGGACCACAAAAAGAACAAGAAGAGUCUGAUGGAGAAGGGGAUUGUGGUUUUGGAUUAUUUGGCGAAUACGAUGAUUAUUGUCCACCACCACCAAAGUCACAACCACAACCACAGCUACAAUCUCAAAAGCAACAAGAAAGAAAAGAAAAAGAACAAGAAGAGUCUGAUGAAGAAGAAUAUUGUGGUUUUGGUUUAUUUGACGAUAAUGAAGAUUACGUAUCACCACCACCAAAGUAUUUAUCAUCAUCGUCUUCAUCGUCAUCCUCUUUAUCAUUGUCAAAAGAUGGAUCAAGAUCAAAAUUAUCAAAAUCCAAAAAUGAAGAUAUCUUUAACUCAUCAUCAUCAAUCAUUGGAAAAAGUUGGGCAUUGGAAACAGAAAAAGAGGAAAAAGAAAAAAAGAAAAAAUCUAAAAAAGAAGAUAAAUCAAAUGAUAUAAUGAAACAAAAACAACAACAAUUAUUUGAAAAAGAAAUAGUUACUUUAUAUUCAGAUUUGUUGAUGAUUGUAAAUUCACCAACAAGUUAUGAAACUGUUAAAAAGGUUUCUUUAGCAUUGGGUGUCUCAAGAAGUUCUUUAAUUAAAUUCGAUUCAACUCUUGGAGGUCAAUUAUCUGAUAACUUUAGAUUCUUUAUUUUAGAACUUAUCAAGAUAUUCGUUAAACUCCUCAAACCUUCUACUACAGUUUCAUUCGAGGUUAUCAUUUCAAAAUGUAAUUCUACAACUGGUGGAUCAGUUUUGAAAUCUUUUGGUAUUAAAGAUGAUGUUAUCACUGGUAUUGUAAAACUUUCCAAGAAAUCUCAUUUAUUUAAAUAA